AUAACCUAAAAUCCUUAAGCGUGAAGUAACCUUUUGUUCAGGACUAUGACCUCUAAUAUUCACUGCAUAUAAUUAAAUCGAGGUUCUACCUGACAAAGCUCACCAAUAAUCUUCAACACGAAAUGCCGGGGCAUGCGAAAUCGACGUUGGAAAUCUUCAUCAGAGAACACACAAUUGGAAAAAAAUAAUCUAACAUCAACUUCUCAUGAAAUUUUCCCUUCGUCGAUACGUAUAUCUUCUUGUAAAUACUUCUUUUGGCUCUGGAUCUUUAGGUAUAUGACCCGAUGAAUAUAGAUGCAACACAAUCAGUUCUCUAUCUUCAUCUGACUCGUCAUCCAUUCUCUCUCUCUCUCUCUCUCUUCAUUCAAACAUUCUCCUCCGUUUGAUUUGAUCUUACUGCUCCAUCUCGCUCCCUGAUCGAUUUCUCAGGAAUUCUGUAGCAAUUUUUGAUCGCAUCUAGGAUUGGUCUGCACUGUUUUCCUCAUUUGCAUCAGAACAGGAUUUUGCAGUUUUUGAUUCACAUCUAGGAUUGGCUCAGUUGCAAUCAGAACAGGCUGGCAUUUCUUUUGUGUGUUUGUAGAAGAUCGAAGAGCUUGAUGAUUUAGGGACACAGUGAAUAGUUUAUACGCAUGUUCAUCAGAAUUUGUUAAUCAAAACCACCUCUCAGCAGAUUCAAUAUCAUCAAGGGUUUUAUUGAAUUCAGCAACAGAAGUGUGCAUCUGAAAAUGGGACUUCUCAGUAUCAUUAGAAAAAUCAAAAGGAAAGAAAAAGAGAUGCGAAUUCUCAUGGUGGGACUUGAUAAUUCUGGUAAAACAACGAUAGUCUUGAGAAUCAAUGGAGAAGAUACUAGUGUUAUCAGUCCAACAUUAGGUUUUAAUAUCAAAACCAUCAAUUAUGAUAAGUAUACUCUUAAUAUAUGGGAUAUUGGUGGGCAGAAAACCAUUAGGUCUUAUUGGAGGAAUUACUUUGAACAAACUGAUGGUUUGGUAUGGGUUGUCGAUAGUUCAGAUGUUAGGAGAUUAGGGGAUUGCAAAAUGGAACUGGAUAAUCUUUUGAAGGAAGAGAGGCUAUCAGGAGCUACCUUACUUAUACUAGCAAAUAAGCAGGACAUACAAGGUGCUCUGACACCACAUGAGAUCGCUAAGGUGCUCAAUUUAGAUGCUAUGGACAAAACCCGGCACUGGAAAAUUGUCGGAUGUAGUGCAUACACUGGGGAGGGAUUGCUGGAAGCGUUUGACUGGAUGGUUCAAGAUGUCGCUUCUCGAAUCUAUGUUCUUGACUAAGUGGACCCUCAGAAGAUCUUUUGGAAGUAGAAAGAUGUUCCCUUUUUUUUGAGGAUAUUGCCUGAAUGUUUUUAGUUUAGUCAUAAAAAUUGUUCAUGUAUCAAAGACAGAUUAUGCAGUUGCUUCCAAUGAAUUGGGGUCUCUUUACUACCAGAUGCACCCACUGAUGUUAAACUCCAUUUUGAUAUCAGUUAUACGAUGAUGUUCACAGUGAGGGUCUGUACCUAGUGAUGUUUUUCUCCAUUGUGGAAUCUGUUAUAUGAGAAUGUGGCUUACCAGAAAAACAAAAAAGUAUUGAUGUAUCUUUAAAAGUAAGCAGUAAAGUAAAAUCUGAAAUUUUAAGAUUUUUUAC